AUGAGGGAUUCGGCAGCUAUGCAGACGCUGCAGGAGCUGCCCCUGGAACGGCUGGUGCCGAGCUGUCAUGUUGGACGAACAGGUUGGCUCGUCUCUGACGGGGCGGGACGGUGGUCCCUGAUGAUCUCUUUGGUGUCCCUACCCCUCGUUAGGUAUACCGGGAACGUACUCGCACAUAGGGAGAGUGUGAAUGAGGCUGUGCCGUCCAAUAAUGGCUACACGAAUGCGACUGUGGAGGUUCUUGGCGCACUGAUGGACUGCACUGCUACAUAUGAAAUGGAGUAUGUGGAGAUAAUGUGA